GCGGCAUGGCGGGCUCGGGGGCCUUGCUCCGCCAGUGCCCGCUGCUGCUGCCUCAGAACCGGGAGGGGACGGCCUACGAGGGCUUCGUCACCGCGCAGGGUAGAGACUUCCAUAUCAGGAUACUGUUACCAAUGGAUUUUCAACUGAAAAAUGCAAGGAUAGAGUGUAGCUGGCACCUAAAGAAGAUACUGCAUGGAUAUCAGCAUAUUUUAAAGCAGAGGUUACACAGCUGUCCAGAUCUUGUCAGUUUUAUGGUGGAGCUGAAAACUAUUUUGGAAAUUGCUUUAAAGAAUACACAAGACCUGCAUAUACCACGGCCACCAGAAUACUACUCCUGUCUUGUCAGAGAUCUAGAAAUACUGGGUUGGAAUAAAGUUGCAUAUGUGGAUACGGGUCUUACCACAAUCAAGCUAAAGGCUGAAGACUCUUGUGGUCGACAGCAUCUCAUGACUCUGAAGUUAAAUGCAAAGUAUCCAACAGAACCACCAGAUUGCCUUGUGGAUUUUCCUGUUCAGUUUGCUAUUUCUUGGAUGCCACAGGUAAACUGCUGUACUAACUCUUUAAUAGACAUUUAUAAUCAGUUCCUGGCGGCAUUAGAAUCGCUGAAAGAAUUUUGGGAUGCCAUGGAUGAAAUUGAUGGGAAGACAUGGGUGCUUGAGCCAGAAAAUCCCACACGGAGUGCUACAGCAAGAAGAAUUGCAAUAGGGAACAAUGUCUCUGUGACCAUAGAGGUAGAUCCUCGGCAUCCAAGCAUGCUCCCCGAGUGUUAUUUUCUUGGAGCAGAUCACGUGGUUAACCCUUUGAGAAUUAAGCUGAACAACAAUAUGCACUUAUGGGAUCCAGAAAUCAGUUUAUUACAAAACUUGAAAGACCUCUUAGAAAUUGAUUUUCCAUCUCGUGCUGUGUUAGAAAAAAGUGAUUUUGCUAAGGACUGUGGAAUCUGCUAUGCCUAUCGACUCAAUGGCACUACUCCAGAUCAAGUGUGUGAUGAUCCCCGAUGCGGACAACCUUUUCACCAGGCUUGCCUCUAUGAGUGGCUACAAAGUCUUCCUUCUAGCAGACAGAGUUUUAAUGUCAUCUUUGGUGAAUGUCCAUAUUGUAAUAAGCCACUGACGCUGAAAUCUUCAGUGAAGAAACUUUGAGGGAAAAACUG